AUGGCGAACCCGUUGGACACCGAUGCCGGCUCGGAGCUGUUCAGCAGCUACGAGACCGAGUUGAAGCUGGUACAAGCCGAUCUGAAUCAAAAGCUGGACCAAAUUGCCGAGUCGAGCGGUGAACAACGAAAAUCAGCGAUCAGACAGGCUGAGAGAGCCUUGGACGAAGCCACGGAAUUGCUGGAUCAAAUGCGCAUGGAGAAACAGAACAUUCCCUCGGCAGCACGAUCAAAGAUCAACACGCGCGUUCGCAACUACGCUACCGAUAUUGAUGAGGCCAAGUGCAAGUUGAGGUCCCUUUCCGACGAUCGCAAAGCGCUCUUUGGCGAUCGCUACACAGAUGAUCCGCAGGAUGAGCAUCUGGAACAGAGACAGCAGCUUCUGUCUGGUACAGAGCGCUUGGAGCGUAGCUCCGCCCGGCUCCAGGAGAGUCAGCGCAUUGCCCUCGAGACGGAGGAUAUUGGUCGCAACACCUUGGCCGACCUCAACCAGCAGCGGGAGACCAUCAUGAAUGCUCGGGGUCGGCUGCUUGAGAGCGAAGGAUAUGUGGACACCAGUAUUAAGACACUAAGGGGCAUGGCCCGUAGGAUGGCUACGAAUCGGCUGAUUACCAUCGCAAUCAUCACCGUCUUGAUCCUCUUGAUUUUCGCCGUUAUUUACAGCAAGUUCCAUUGA